CACUAAUUAAACAUAAUGAAUAACAGAUUUUCGUUCUUGUUUCUUCUUUUAGGACUUACAUUAUCCACAUUAACUUCCUCACAGGCAGAUGAAUCGCUCGAUACGCGAGAAAAUGCCGAUCUGACAUUGAAAUGUCGCUUCACCGAUCAUUACGAUGCGAACGAUUUCACAUUUUAUUGGGCGCGUUGGACUGCCAAUCCGGCGCAGUUCGAAAAUGUAGCCAUACAUGAUGUGCCACUGAAUUCGGGUUAUAAACCCGAUUACCGUCCGGAGCGUGGCAUUUACGAUUUGCAAAUUAAAAACGCCUCAUACAAUCGCGACAAUGGUCGCUUCGAAUGUCGCAUCAAGGCGAAAGGUACGGGCGCCGAUGUCCAUCAGGAGUUUUACAACUUAACCGUCCUCACACCACCGCAUCCGCCCGUUAUUUCACCCGGCAAUGUGGCCAUCGCUACCGAGGAUGUGAAAAUGGAGCUGACGUGCAGCAGCAUUGGCGGUUCGCCUGAUCCAACGAUAACUUGGUAUCGCGAGGGUACCAACACCCCUCUACAUGCCAACGUUCGUACGGGCGGCUCAAAGGACCAACCCACAAAUGCAACAUUAGCACUGCAACCGCGACGCGAAGACGAUGGCGCCAAAUAUAAGUGUGUCGUGCGAAAUCGUGCCAUGAACGAUGGUCAGCGGCUGGAGGCGACCGCUACUUUGAAUGUGAACUAUUUUCCCCGCGUUGAUGUUGGUCCGGAAAAUCCGCUUCGUGUGGAACGUGAUCGUACUGCGAAAUUGGAGUGUAAUGUCGAUGCGAAACCGAAAGUGCCUAAUGUACGUUGGACACGCGAUGGUCGCUUCAUUAGUUCCUCCCUCGUGCAUACCAUACACCGCGUAAGCACGCAGGAUGCUGGCAAAUAUACUUGCUCAGCAGAUAAUGGACUCGGCAAAUCAGGCGAAAGUGUACUCAUACUGGACAUCUUAUAUCCGCCGACGGUUGUUAUUGAGUCGAAGACGCGUGAGGCAGAGGAAGGCGAGACGGUUAAUAUCCGUUGCAAUGUGACCGCAAAUCCGGCGCCAAUUACCAUCGAAUGGCUGAAGGAAGGCUCACCCGAAUUCCGCUACUCCGGCGAAGUGCUUACGCUGUCGUCCGUGCGUGCCGAGCAUGCAGGCAAUUAUAUAUGUCGUGCUGUGAAUAUAAUGGAAUCAUAUGGACAAGAACGUAGCGAACGUGUUGGUAAUUCGACGGUGGCUUUGUUGGUGCGUCAUCGUCCCGGCCAGGCAUUCAUAACGCCGAACAAACCGAUUGUGCAUGUUGGUAAUGGUGUAACACUUACUUGCUCGGCUAAUCCGCCCGGUUGGCCCGUACCUCAGUAUCGUUGGUUCCGUGACAUGGAUGGUGAGUUUUCCGGCACACAGAAGAUUCUAGCGCAGGGACCACAGUAUUCAAUACCGAAGGCACAUCUCGGCAAUGAGGGCAAAUACCAUUGUCAUGCCGCUAAUGAAUUGGGCAUUGGCAAGUCGGCCACCAUUGUGCUUGAAAUCCAUCAGCCACCUCAAUUCCUCGCCAAACUACAGCAGCACAUGACGAGACGUGUUGCCGACACAGAUUAUGCGGUCACUUGCAGCGCCAAAGGCAAACCAGCGCCCAGCAUACGUUGGCUCAAGGACGGCGCUGAAAUCUUGCCUGAACUCAAUUUGUACGAGGUGAAAACGAAUCCAGAUCAGGGCCCCAAUGGCAUGGUGACCGUGCAAAGCAUGCUGAAGUUUCGCGGCAAAGCGCGCCCGAAUGGCAAUCAGCUAGUGCCGGGUGAUCGCGGCUUGUACACGUGCCUUUACGAGAACGAAGUGAACUCGGCCAACUCGAGCAUGCAGUUGCGCAUCGAACACGAGCCCAUCGUGUUGCAUCAAUACAACAAGGUGGCCUUCGAUAUACGCGAGACUGCUGAGGUAGUGUGCAAAGUGCAGGCCUACCCCAAGCCCGAAUUCCAAUGGCAAUUUGGCAAUAAUCCCUCACCGCUCACUAUGUCCUCUGAUGGGCACUAUGAAAUCAGCACCACCACGGACAACAAUGACAUCUACACGUCGGUGCUGCGCAUCAACUCGCUUACACACGCCGACUAUGGCGAGUACACUUGCCGUGUGGUAAACUCAUUGGACACAAUACGUGCGCCAAUACGUCUGCAACAGAAAGGACCGCCUGAGAAACCGACAAAUACACGCGCCGUAGAUGUAGGCUCCAAUUACGUAACGCUCAGCUGGGAUCCUGGCUUUGAUGGUGGUCUGAGCAAUACGAAAUUUUUCGUCAGCUAUCGACGUGUGCCCAUGCCACGCGAAGAGCAACUCAUACCCGAUUGUGCCACCAUUGCCACAAGCAACACCGAAUGGUUGGAAUUCGAUUGCCAACGCGAUAAUCCAUGCAAGGUUACUUCGCUGGACCAACAUCAGAGCUAUGCUUUCAAGGUGAAUGCACUCAACACGAAAGCCAGUUCGCCUUACUCCAACGAGAUAAUGACCACAACAAAAGUGAGUAAAAUCCCACCGCCACUACAUGUCACCUACGAUCCGAAUACGCACACUUUGGGCAUUAAUGUAGGCGCUACCUGUCUAUCGUUAGUCGCCAUAGUCGAAUCAAUGGUCAACAUGGACACACCGAUGGCGCAAUGGGAAGUUGUCGACACUGUGAAUUUGCAGCUCUCCGGCAAUGGGCCGACAUUUAAGGAGACUGUGAUUGAUCGCCACAUACCGGCAUAUCGUAGCGGCGGUGGACGUUCGCUGGGCCACAAUCACAUUAGCGGUCAUGGCGAAGGUGAUGGCGAUGAUGAUGAUGAUGUCGACAUGAAUACACUGGCAUUGGAGGACGAUAAUAGGCCGACAGUGCGUGUGAAACUAUGCCUACGGUCGAAUCAGGAACAUUGCGGCAAGCAUACAAAUGCGGAGAUUGGCCGCACGUACAUUGCUGAGGCAUCCGCCUUGGCUACACCCACCCUGAUCGCCAUAAUCGUCUCGUGUAUUGUAUUCGCAUUAUUUGUCGGUUUAUUGUUGAUGUUCUGUCGUUGCAAACGCAAUCAAUCGAAAAAGAGUGCUGCUGCCAAGGAUUACGAAAUGGACUCGGUGCGACCGUCGAUUGUUGCCGCCCAACAGAGCCAACCGCCACCGCCGUACUAUCCGGCAAGUGGACUCGAUAACAAAGCACUUGAACAUUCGAUGGAUCUCGCCUUGGGCAUGGAGGACCAGAAGAGUGCACUUUACGCAACACAAAAUGGCUACAGCUAUCAUCCGGGUAGUGGUGUGGGUGUUGGCGUUGGUGGCGGGGGAGGUGUUGGCAUGCAAGGCCUAACAGGACACACGAUGCCGGGAAAUGAAUGGGUCAAUAUGGGCUACAUCGAAAACAAUUACUCGAAUUCGAACAAUGGCGGCAGUGUCAAUUCACAAGACUCACUAUGGCAAGUGAAAAUGCCCGCCGCCACAGGCGCACCACAAAGUAUGGUCGUGCCUGCCACACACAACAACUAUGUCGAACAUCAACCCACCUACGGCUAUGACCCACUGACGCAUGGCGGCUAUGGCGCUGUCGACGAUUACGCUCCCUAUCCACACUUGACAGCGACGCCCAGUCAACAUGGCGAUGAAUAUCAUAAUUUACGCAAUAGCCAAAAUCCAUCCAGACAGGAUUACUGCAGUGAUCCAUAUGCCUCGGUGCAAAAGCCCAAGAAACGUGUUGAUCAACAUUUAGAUUCACCAUAUCACGACGUAAGCGGCCUACCCAACCCCUAUAAUAUGGAGCAUAUGGAACAGGAUGAAGUGAUACCGCCACAGCAGCACAUGUCUCUCAGCUAUGAUGACAGUUUCGAGGGUGAAUACUCGUCAACGCCAAAUUCACGGAAUCGACGGGUCAUACGCGAAAUUAUCGUCUAAUAAAUAACAGAAUAGCGAGUGGGAAAAAGUAAACAAUACGGGAAGGAGCAGAUAGAGAGGGAGGGAGAGAGAGAGAGAGAGUGUGUUGUGAAAAUACUAUAUACUUACUAUAUAUACACACAUACAUGCAUACAUAUGGUAUAUAUGUGUGUGGUAAAAGUGCAGCCCAACUGAAACGAAAAGAAAAAAUGAAAACACUUUUCACGCAUAAAAGUAUAUGGAACGAAACACACAACCACACACUAAAGCCAGAAAUGUUAAGAGAGGAACAUUUGAAUGUUUUACAAAACACUUUUAAUUUUUAUUUUUAAGCAGAUAAGUGUAUUCUAUAAGCAAAAAGUAGAAGAAGAAAAAUAGAAGAAACCCAGAACAGUAAUCAAAAUGAGCGCCGUAACUUAACCAUACGAGCACACAAACAUCAUCAGCAACUGCACCACACACACACAUAUACUCACAGAAACGCACACAUAUACACCCAUGCACGCAUUCGCACACAGUUUUUUAUUAUGCGUUUUAGAAACAAUUUUUAAGAAAACGUCGUCACGCGAUUUUUCACCUACACUAAUGUUGCAUGCAACCUACAUAUAAUCUUUAUAGCAGUGAAUUUGUAUAUUAGAACGGAUCGAAUUUUUUUCUAAAUCCCUUUUGACUGAAAUGCAGAAAUUUGACUUUCUAUCCCAGCACUGCAAAAUAUUAUUUGCCUCAUCGCGUUGAGAGGUGCCCUCGACACGAAUAAUUUUUCGCAUUUUUUUUUUUUUUUAAGUAAAUACACACUUUUUAUUUUCAGUUCGCAAAAUUAUGUACCCACAUUCAUCUACAAACGUGCAUUGGUAACUUUGCCACGAUAUUAUCUUGAUUGUUGUUAGUGUGCGGAUUGAUUUCAAAAUAAGGAUGAUAGAUUUAUCAGAUUUGCUCUUUAACUGUGGUGAAAAAGUAAAUUGUGAGAGGAACUUUGGCUGCCAAGUCACUUAGAGAGCCAGCAGCCGAAUUCCUGCACGAGCAUUUCACAUGCAAUCGCACACUCGUCCAAUCAGCCGUCGUUAAAAUCUUUUCACCAUUAGUUAACAGGGCACCCGGCAGCCGAUUUCUGUCCACUCGUCUCCGACGUAUUCUCACACUCGCCCAAUCAGUCGUUGUUCAGACGGCAACGAAGUGAUAUUGUGUUUAUUUUUUCUCACUGAUAUCACUAACACAUUUCUAGUGUUUUCAUAAACAAACCGAUUCACAACCCCGGCUACGUCACACCAUCAACUGAUUCUGUUAAAUUCUCGGAGAGCCAAUUAACGGUAUGUUAUUGGCCCCAUCUUCUCAAUUCUUUUCACUAUAACUUCACAGGGCCCUCUGCAGCCGAAUUCUGCAGAUCAUUUCGCAUGUAUUAACACACUCAUCCAAUACAGUCGUUCUUCAGAUGGCAACGAAGCAGCAUGAUUGGAGACUGUGUCGUUUUUUUUUUGUAUCCCGAACACAAUCUUAGUUUUUUUUUUCGUGAGCAAACCGCUUCGUGACCCUAGUUACGUCAGCCUUUCAGCUGUUUCUGCGAAAUAUGCUGAGAACCAGUUAACGGUCUGAUAUUGACCACACCUGUAAAAAUAUUUUCACAACGAUUUCAAAGCAUUUUCACGACCUUCUAACGUCUAACGCUAUUGAGUCUUUUUGGCACAUUUAAUGACAUCAAAUGACUUGCAGUGAAAAGCUGGGUGAAUCACCACAACUGAUUAUUUAUUUAUUUAUUUUUUUUUUAUUUUUUAUUUUUGCUUAAUAUUUUUUUCUACUUUUUUAAGUCUGCCAUUUAAAACAAAGUUGCGGUCCGGAAAGUUAAAAUUUUUGCUACAUGAAAAAGAUUUGGUAUCUGCGCAAAAUUUCAUUUAUUUUUUUGAAUUUGAUUUCGCUAGGGGCACCUCAAAACGACCGAUCUAAGAAGGCAAUAUUUUGUGGUUUUUAUUAACCCUCAUAAAUGCAAGUUUUCAGUGCUAUGCCAAUCGAAAAUUAAAUUUCCACACACUCGCUCCACUCUACUUUUUUUUACACAUACACACUUAUGUAUGUAUUUAUACAAUUGACAUUACAUAGCUGUUGCACUGUUUUGUAUUUAUCUGCAAACAAAUGUUGCAUGCAACAUUCUGUAUUUGCCGCUUAGUCCCGAUUUACAUAAGGAAGCAUUUGGAAGAGAAAUAUUUUGUUCAUUGGACAUGGACGAACGGGGAAGAGAGAGGAGUUUUUGUUUUCCUUACUGGCGGCACGCUUUGCGCUUCUUAUCCGAAUAGUCAGACUUAAAGAAGUAAACGUCAGAGGCAAUAACUGCUGCUUAAAAUAAUUUUUCUCAUUUGGCCGCGCAUGAAAGAGAAUUUCCAGUGUCUCCCUUCCAAAUGUCUCUCUGUGUAAAUCGGGACUUACACUCGCUCACAUUCAGUUUACACGCAUUUGCAUUAUGCAACAAAUCACGCAUUCAUGCAUUCGUUCAAGCAUUCCUGCUGCACUCUCAUUAUUAUUGCGCUCAUACCUACGUACAUAUGUAUUUAGUUAUUUACACUACUACACCCAACGAAAAAUCAACGAAAAGCAAAAACAACAACAAGAAACGUAUUCAACGUAUUUGAAAGUUGCCAUUUUUAUGACUCUUAGUUUGUAAAACAUAAAUAAGUAUAGUUUUUUUUUUGUUUUUUUUUUAUGGGACGAAAAAAGUACUAAAAUCCACUACUAACAAGAAAAGUAUGUAAGUAAAAUAGUUGUAGCCAGCAAUUGUGCUCGCACAUUCGUGAUGAAUCGAUUGGCUUUGUUGUGGGCGGUUUUUGGGGGACGUCGUGGUGUUGUGGCGCGACAUGCUAACACAGUGGCAUCACCAACAUCCAUAUAUUCGACUGUAAACACAAGCAAAAAAUAUGAAAAAUAAAGAAAAAAAUGAAAGAAAAUUUAAGAAAAUAAUUAGUACUGAAGAAUGUAUUUAAGUGCAUGUGUACUUAAGCGUAAGGGCAGCAGCGGCGGCAACCCAGUUUGCUAGAUUUUUUAAGUAGCGAUAAUAAACAAAAACAAAAAAAAAACAAAUAACAAAUAAUAAAAAGUGUAGCGAAAAACGAAAGGAUUUACUUACCGAAAAUACACAGUUAAAUUUCCUAAUGGCACAUACACAUGUAUGUAUGUAAAUCUAUAAGUGGUAAGCAGAACAAAAACAAAAAUAAAUAAAAAUUAGAAACAAAGUGAUUUGCCUACCUUCCACCUUUGGGAUGUCGUCAAAAAAGAAGUGCAGAGCCACUUAAUUUAGCAGCAGCGGCUUUGAAUUGAAAAUGGAAAAAGUGUUAAAAAAUAGUUGCACAAUUGGCGAAAAAUUGUAAGAGGUUUAAAAAGAGAAAAUUUUUCAAAAUUCCGAAAUUUUGCAUGCAAAAGCGCUAAACUUUGCUGUUGUAGAGUUUGUUGGCAUUAAUUGUUUCCUUUUAUUUUUUUUAUUUUUGUAUAAAUAAAUUUAUUCACGUAUUUUGUUUUGAAAAGGUGUUGGAAUGAGCUGCAGAAUGUUACUAAUUUAUUUCUUAGUACAUUUUUCGUCAAGUUGAAGAAAAAAAAAUAUUUAACUGAAUUAGUCGCAUACAUUUUGCCAUUAAAAAUUUUUAGAGCAUUUGCUUUAGAAAAUAUAAUUUUUCAACGAUAAAAAUUUUUUCGAAAUUCUCUUGAAAAUUUAUUUAAACAUGCGGUCAUAAAUUAAAAAUAUAACGGUUUUCAUGCACUUCGACCAAAUUCAGCAACAGUUAAUAUGUAGCGCAACAUGUGUCUGGCAACAUGUUUAUGGCGUAAAAUUAAGUGCAGCCCGCAAUAAAAUAUAGAAGCUCAACGCUUUGAACAGGUUUGACUAUUUUUUUUUUGAAUUCAUUAUUUUUUUACUUUUCAUAGUCAUUCAUUGUAGCGCAACAUGUGUCUGGCAACAUGUUUAUGGCGUAAAAUUAAGUGCAGCCCACGAGAAAAUAUAGAAGCUCAACGUUUUAAAUUGGUUUGACUAUUUUUUUUUUUGUGUUCAUUAUUGUUGAUUUCAUAAAUUUAUAGCUCAAUUUUCAUUUUCAAAGCAAUUUUCAUUUUUUGGUAGCGAAACGUCCUCGCAAAGAGUGUAAUUAAAUCUUCUUCAUAUUUUUUUGUGUCAAUAUAAAAAAGCUUGCCAAUUGCUUCAGGAGCGAUACUAAAAAAAUUCGACGUUUCUGCCCAUUUCACAAUCAAUAUUGUUAGCAACAUUUCACGGAAGGCAGAAUGCAUGUUGCUAGCAACAUUUUACGUUAAGCCAAAUACAUGUUGCUAGCAGCACUUCAUCGCUGUUAAGUUUAUACUACUCUUAACACAUUCCACAGAUAUAAUUCGGCAAGACUCAUCUUUCUGAUGCAUGUUGCACAACAAUUGCUUCAAGCUCGAAAAAAAUGCAAUAUUUGCUAGGUAAAAAUAACUGAAACAUCUAUUCCAUGAAUAUAUAUAUAUAAGUGGCGCGUACACCCUUUUUGGGUGUUUGGCCGAGCUCCUCCUCCUAUUUGUGAUGUGCGUCUUGAUGUUGUUCCACAAAUGGAGGGACCUACAGUUUCAAGCCGAGGAGCUUUUUCAUGGCAGAAAUACACUCGGAGGUUUGCCAUUGCCUGCCGAGGGGCGACCGCUAUUAGAAAAAACUUUUUCUUAAUUUUUUGAUCUUUUACCGAGAUUCGAACAGACGUUCUCUCUCUGAAUUCCGAAUGGUAGCCAUGAAUGAUGUUUGUAUAAAUGUUGCGUAACAUCUGAGCAGCAUUCCAUACAGAACAGCGCUGUUAGUAACAGAGGUGGAGUUAAAUGCCCAUGUAAAGGAAACAAUUCAACUUUCUGCAGUUCAUAAAAUUGAGUUUAUUGCACAAGCAAGUUUUUAUUUAAUAAUUUUUUAUACUACCCUUACAUCUUCCAACAACAAAAACGUGAAUAAUUUUUAUAUGCAAAAUUCAAAAAAAAAAAAUUUAAAAAUAUUUAACUCAACGUUCACUUAUAAGCGAGCAAAAUCAAUGAAAGAAAAAUGAGUAUUUUUGACUAUUUAUUUUUCUGUGUAUCUUCGACUAUUUAUUUUUCUAAAUGUUUUGCAAAGAAAAAAAUAAUUUUUACAUACAUACAAACAGAGAAAUGUAUUUACGUAUAACAGCUUAUUGCAUUGUCAAGCGAUUAUUUAACAGACCACCAAAAUUGUUGAUACUUCUUUUUUGCAUUUGUUCAAUUAUUGCACCAUAUUUUCGAAAUUAGUAAAUGUUAUUUACUAUGUAACACAAAGAAGUGAUCUGAUGAUUUUUUCAAAAAAAAUAAAAACAGUUGCGGUUUAGCGUCGUCUACAGCGCCACUGUGCGGUUUGCAGAGCAUUUUUCGGCAGCCGAGCUUGCCUUUGACUUUUUGCUAUGCCACCAAUACUUUUUUCUUAGCUUUAA